AUGGCUUGUCAGGGUGUUCUGGUAUUGCUGUGGGGCCAGGCUUCUCGUACGAUAAUUGACCAAAUCACUCCAUCAUGUCUUCUUGAACAAAAGAGGGUUUCACGAUCAUUUGAGCCUCGCAAUGAAUCUGUGAUUUCUGAUCUUUUGGGCUCGUGGCAGACUUCUGUUCAGUAUCUUGGCAAAGAGGAAUAUUAUCCUGACUUUCUCGCCUAUUUCCAAAAGCAGAUUGAUGACCAUGGGUACAAGUGGGUGGUAAAGGAAUACCUACUCAAGGGUAACGCUUCUGCGAAUGACUUACUGCUCCGUUUUUAUGCCGGAGUCUUGCAUUCCUUGAUCCAACUGAUGUACGGUUUGGAAUGGGAGCAACCUGCCACUGUGGCUGAGGCUUUAGCACAAACUUGCGUCCACAAUGUUGAAGGCCUAGAUGCUUUGCUGUUGGCUAGCGAGGUUGGUGCCAAGGCCAUUCGACCUGCGUCUUCCAUGCUAGCCCUGUUGGAUAUCUACAAACAAAUCCACUUUGAUUCAAGAUUGGAUAGUAUUGUACGUUACCUUGAUGAGAGUAAGAUUGAAGAUGGAAUCUUGAAGAGGGCCCGAGAGGCUAUGGUCUCGCUCCUCCAGCAGGUCCAUGUCGAGGAUGCGGAAUUGGAAGAACGUACUGCUGAGAUGUUCCAAGCAAUCGUUGUUGUUGCAUCAAGCGCUGCUAUCAACCCACCUCAUCAUGUCAAAUAUGAUUUCUUUCUCAUGCAUCAUGUGAACUCUGCGGUCAUGUACCUGAAAGGCAUGCAGCAGGAAUGGAUGACUAGACAAGACAAGCGACGGCUGUUGGAGUGGAAAAUUCGAAUGGAUCUGAUACAAUAUGUUGCGCGUGGACGUCCCUCAAUCUCGGUCAAAGCCAUUGCCUCCUACGAACCCAAAAUUCCAUCGACGUCUUCUGUUCGUGGUAAGGUCUUGCAGAUGUCACUUGAUGAUGACGGACAUGGAAUCAAGCAGGCGAGGGCCACUGGUCUAUGUCAUGAGGUUAUGAAGAAUUGGGAGGAUAAGCCAUGGGCUGUUCUGAAAGGGAACACAAUUUGGGAACGGAUCCAGCACAUGGUUGUCGACGCUUUAGAAAUCACUGGACCGUUGUACUUGGCCUUCAGGCUUUCAGCUGACUUAUUCAUAAAGGGAAUUCCACUGUCUGACAUACCACGUCAGUCCGACGCAGACCUUCGAACUCUCCAGACUGGAAGUGGCGAUUCAGCGGUGCCCAAGGAUGUUAAUGAUAACUAA